AUGAAGACGUCCGCCCUCUUCUUCGCCGUCGGCGCCACCGCCGCGGCCGUUUCCAAGGUCGCCGAGCCCAUCCUCGAGACCAUGGCCGACUCGUGGAUCCGCAACAACAGGGAGACCCAGAGGGCCUACUGGUACGGCCGUGCUGUCGUCUACAAUGGCUACGAGGCCGCCUACGAGCUCUACGGCAACGAGACCCUCCUUUCUUGGUACCGUGCCCAGAUUGACGAGAAGGUUGUUCUGGAGAACGGCACCAUUGUCGGUUUCCGCCCGGAACACUACUCGCUCGACGACUACCGUAUCGGUCUCAACUUCAUCUACUGGUACGAGCGGACCGGCGAGCAGAAGUACGCCACGGCUGCCGCCACCAUCCGCGGCAUGCUCGAUCGCCACCCCCGCACGCCCACUGGUGGUUUCUGGCACCGCUCCCCCAUUUAUAAGAACCAGAUGUGGUUGGACGGCAUCUACAUGGCCGACAGCUUCUACGCCAAGUACACCGAGGUCUUCGAGCCCAACAACUCCACCGCGUGGGACGACAUCAUCCUCCAGUACGAUAAGAUCGAGGCAGCCACGCGCGUGCCCGAGACCAACCUGCUUGUUCACGGCUUCGACGAGGGCAAGGAGGCUGUAUGGGCCGACCCCGUGACGGGCGCCGCUCCCAUUGUUUGGAACCGCGCCGUCGGCUGGUACAUCCUGUCCCUGCUCGAGACGAUCCAGGUCUUCCCCAAGGCGCACCCCGGCUACGAGCGCCUUGUCAAGUACUUCGUCACCCUUUCCGAUGGUCUGCGUCGCGCCCAGGACCCCGACUCUGACGGCUGGUGGCUCGUAAUGAACGAGCCCUACCCCGGCCAGGAGGGCAACUACUUUGAGGCUUCCUCCGCCGCCAUGUUCACCGCUGGCUGGCUUCGUGGUCUGCGUCUCGGCCUCAUUGACGAGAAGACCUACCUCGAGCCCGCGUCCAGGGCCUACAAGCACCUCAUUGAUGACUUUGUCACCCGCCACUGCAACGGUACCAUCAACUUUGAGGGUACCGUCCAGGUCGGCUCGCUCAACAGCGACGCCUCUUUCAAGUACUACACUGACAUUCCCGUCGUCCCCAACGAUACCCGUGGCGUCGGCCCCUUCAUGCUUGCCGCUUACGAGUGGGAGCUCCGCCACAAGAAGAACUAA